AUGAUGGAAGUCGAGAAGGCAAGCGCCUCCCACACGCUAGAACAAGGCAGGCAGCUUGAUAUACCUGACCCGGAUAGCCACCUCAGUGAGGGGGAGAGACUGGAUGUGGCAAGUACACCAUCUAUUGCGCUGAGAAGUGUCCACGUUCCUAACAUGUCACAUAUAGGACCGGAAGCAAGCCUAGCUGACGGAACAAACAUCGGAAAUGCAAAAAUUGCAGGCCUGAAUCACGAUCUGGGAUUAACUAACUCCCAGUAUAACUCGUCGCUCACCAUAUUCUUCGUCUCGUACGCAGUGUUCGAGCCGUUGACAAACAUUCUCCUCAAGAGGCUUCGCCCAUCAAUAUUCAUCCCCAUCAUCAUGAUUCUCUGGGGCGCGUCCAUGACCGGCAUGGGUUUUGUACACAACUGGAGCGGCCUCAUGGCUGCUCGAUGGUUCCUCGGUCUCACGGAAGCAGGGCUAUUCCCAGGCGUCAACUACUACCUGUCAUGUUGGUACAAGCGAUCCGAGUUUGGUAUUCGUGCUGCGAUCUUCUUCUCUGCGGCCGCCAUUUCGGGUUCCUUUGGCGGUGCCCUAGCUGCAGCAAUUGAGCAGAUGGCCGGUGUCGGCGGACGACCCGGUUGGGCUUGGAUAUUUAUACUUGAAGGACUUCUGACAGUGUUGUUCGGGGUCGCAUCUUUCUGGAUGGUGCACGAUUUCCCCGAUGAGGCCAAGUUCCUCUCCGAAAACGACCGCGCCCGCGUCAUCCGCCGGCUUAAGAUGGACCAGCAGGCCUCGGCAGACCAUGAGGAGUUCAAUAUGUCCUUCUUCUGGCAAGCUGUGCAAGACUGGAAGAUGUGGCUGGGCAUGGUCAUCUAUAUGGGCUGUGACAUGCCGUUAUACGCCUUUAGCCUGUUUCUACCCACCAUCGUCAACGAACUCGGAUGGAAUACCAGCACUGUACGAUCGCAGUUGAUGACCGUGCCACCCUACGCUGUGGCAGCCGCUUUCACAGUCCUUGUUGGUUGGGUAGCAGACAGGACCCAACAACGCGGACUGUGCAACAUCUUUGUUAGCUUGAUUGGUAUUGUGGGCUUUGGCAUGCUCAUAGGCACCGAGAACCCUCAGGUCAAGUACGCUGGUACCUUCCUGGGAGCCCUUGGCAUCUACCCCUGCAUCAGCAAUACAAUCACCUGGGUCGCGAAUAACGUCGAAGGGGUUUACAAACGAGGCGUGGUCUUGGGUUUCGUAAUCGGGUGGGGCAACCUCAACGGUAUCGUCAGCUCCAACAUCUACUUCCGCGAGCCUCGCUUCUUUGAAGGUCACGGCGUUGUGCUGGCUUACAUGUCCGUCUUUUUGUGCCUCGGCAGCGUGCUCAUGACAACGCUGCUGAGGGUAGAGAACGACAAGAGGAGACAGGGAAAGAGAGACCACUGGGCAGAUAAUAAAUCGGAGAAAGAGAUUGAGGCACUGGGAGACAAGAGACCUGAUUUCUUGUACACCCUGUAG